AUGGCCUGGGAUGACAAUGACGAGCCCUUGCCGGACAUGGCCCCAAUCCUGAGGAGCGUCUCGAGCCUCGUCAUGUCCAUGGACCCUGAAGACGGCAUGUCUGCUACCUCUCCCUGCGUCACUGCAACUGCAGGGCGAAACCGUGGCACCAACAACAUGGUCGGCACCUGCAACAGCAGGAGCAGCAGCAGCGCCGCCGAGAGAGCCAAAACUCAGAACGGCGCCGCGCUGGGCUCCAACGCGCUGGACAUGCUCAUGGCGCCGCUGCCGCCCACCCUCAUGGACAGCAACACGUGCCUCAGCCGGGAGCAAUCUUACCCGCCGCCGUUCGGCCGGCCGCGGUUCGGUCGCGAUCCUUCCUUCCCCCCCCCCGUGCAGGUGGGGCGCAGCAUCGCGGCGUCAACGGAGACGCCCUGCAGCAGCGGCAGCGGGACCACCACCAUGGCCGGCGGGGGCGUGUACGCCGCUGGCGGCGGGGGAGGAGGAGGAGGCCCCAGCUUGUCGAGCGGCAAGUUCCAGGGCCUGGGCUUCCCUGGCACCGGCGGCGGCGGCGGCGGCGGUCGCCUCGGCGUCAAGCAGGAGCGGCAGUGGGAAAACGAUCAUGCGGGAGGCCGAGACCACGGCGGGGGCGGCACCGGGGGACGGAGCCUGAGCGACGAAGACCACCAUACGGACUACCACCCCGACGACAUCAUCGGCGGCAUCCUGCCCUCUUCGCGCCCGCGCCGCCCGAGCUUCGACAAACUCGCCGCCAUGAUCCCCGGGAUCCCCCACUGGCCGGUCCCGCCCUCGCCCUCCUCAUCGCCUCCGGCGCCGUCGUCGUCGCCAUCUGCCGGAGAGUCGUCAGGGGAACUCCAUGCUCCUGCCGCUAGCGGCGGCGGCGGCGGCGGUGGCAGCGCCAAGGCCAAGCAGCAGGCUCAGUUUCCCCUGCGGACGACAACACCCCGCCUGUCCCCGUCAGCACCAGCACCAGCAGCAGCGCCGUCUUCGCGGGGACGGCAGCCCAAGAUGACCCGCGCUGACAAGAAGCCCAAGAAACAUCACCACAACCCUACCGCCGAUUCUCCCACAACCGCUCCUUGGACCGCUCCGACGCUGCCGUCACCGGCGGCGGCGGCGGCGGUGGCGGCGAGCAUCCCCCCCAAGAAGACCCCGUCGUCGGGCAACGGCAAGCGCGCCUUGGAGACCCCCCUCUCGUGCGGGCCGGCGCGCUCCGGCGGGGGCCCCGUGGACUUGGCCAAGCAGGAGAGGCGCCGCGUCAAGAUCCAGAGGUACCUGUACAAGCGCUCCCGCCGGAAGUUCGCCAAGUCCACGAGGGACGCCUCGCCGUCCCGCUCCCGCCCCAAGGCCGCGCUGCUCCGCCCGCGGAUCAAGGGCAAGUUCGUCAAGACCACGCCCGACUUCGUCUCCGUCAACGCCGGCGGGCCGCCGCAGCGGGAGGACGGAGACGGGGAUGGGUUGGCGCAGUGGGAGCCCACCGACAUGCUCGCCGGCAACAUAAAUAACGCCUUGUCGCCGAAACCCCAGGUGGCCGCGGGGGGGGUUGGGGGAGGGCGGCGCGGCGGCGUCGGCGGUGGCGGCGGGGUGCGCUCCGUGCGCAACGGCGGGAGCGUCAACAUAAUCUUCGACGACAUCAGCAAGAAGCCCUUCUCCACGACCCCGUCCUCUUCGCUCAUGCCGAAGGGUGGCGGGGGCAGCAUCCUCCCCCCACGCGCGGCCGCCCUUUCCCCCGCUGGCGCCCCGAACGCGUUCGCGUGGUCCGUGAGGCCCGUGUAAAUGAAAAAUGUGAGAGUUGCUUUCUUGGUUGUUGUUGACGACGACGCUUGUGUCCCCUGAAGUUGAGAGUUGCGUCGCGUCGUGGAGUGUCUCUGUUGACUCUGGCUAGCUGCUGCUUUGCGUGUCGAUCGAAGGUUGUAGUUACCGUAGCAUGUGUGCACCUGCCCUGCUGUUGUUUUUGUUGUUCUGGAGUUGUCGCGUGGUGCAUGCUGCUGUUGCGUCGUUCGGGAGGUACUAUAAUACUGUAGAUCCGAGGCCGUGCUUUUGCUGUGGAGGGGAGGAUGAAAGACGAUGAUAGGUCGAUCUGUUUGGGUUGGUUUCAAGCGUCCAUAGUCUCAUUGCUGUCCCCCGGGCGUGUUGAGGGCAGAGCCGUGAAGUUUGUUAGUUAGACUCACAGGUACUUUAUAUAACGUUAUGUGCGUUUUUCUUGUUGUGUAUAUCAUUUUUUAGCGAGUGCUUUUGUUGUGACGGCCUCGGCACCGCCGCUCCUCAAAUUGUGGUAACAUUCAUUUUACACCCCCCGUCAAGCCGGCACGUUCAUGUCAUGUACGUCUCUACAUAUUUUACACAAAAUUUUCUUGUACUUCCUUGGUUGGAUCUGUUGGUGCAUGCUCCUCGUACUUUUGCUCCCCCCACCCCCCCGCUGUUUCCUGUUGUGUUGUGUGACGUGGAAGGAAUUAGCGCACGCUCCUGGCGCUCAAACUGU